AGAGAUGGGCCAGGACAAUCUGACGAUGCAAUUCAUUCAUCAUUGCAGUGUGUGUGUGAGAGAGAGAGAGAGAGAGUUGGGGGGGGGUGUGUGUGAGUGUGUUUGUGUGUCAGAUGGUAUUCCUGCUCGUCUCGCUCCACCAGUUAAGUUAAAUCAGAGGCAGCCUCUGGCACACCGCGGUGGUCUCUCUAUCUCUGCGUCUGUCCCGCUCCGAAAGCAUCGACAGCUUCCUGAUUCAGCACCACAGGACUCGCUGAGGCCCUCGCCCAAGGCCUGUAUCAGUCACCACAGACGCCCCCUGCCGUCAGGCCCCUCUGUUUAAAAAGUCCCAGGAUCUGGCACUAAAAAGGGAAAAUGAAGAAUGUAACAGCAGAGAUAUCUCUGACAUGCGGCCUGUCUGGAAUCCACUCAUUCAUCUUCACCCUGAUACCCAUCGUCUACGGCUGUAACUUUGUCAUCGGCAUCGUGGGGAACUGUAUGGUUGUGGCUGUAAUCUACUCCUACAUGAAGCUCAAGACGGUGGCCAACAUAUUGGUGCUCAAUCUCGCAAUUUCUGACCUCAUGUUCCUCAUCACACUGCCCAUGUGGGCCACCUACACCGCCACAGGCUACAACUGGCCCUUUGGGGGAUUCCUGUGCAAGGCCAGUGCCGGGCUGGCGACCUUUAACCUCUACACCAGCAUCUUCAUCCUCACGGCGCUCAGCAUCGACCGCUACCUCGCCAUCGUCCACCCGAUGCGAUCCCGCAUGCUGCGCACCGUAGUGUACGCUCGCAUCUCCUGUGUGGUGAUCUGGUUCGUUGCCUUUCUGCUCAGUGUUCCCACGGCGCUGACCAGGGAGGUCCACGACUUCAAAAACCACAGCAAAGUGUGUGGCAUUCUGCAUCCUAAGGAAAGGUCCUUGAGUAUACAAAAGGCCCUGCUGGCCAUCAGCCUGACGAAGAGCCUGCUGGGCUUCCUGGUGCCCUUCAUCAUCAUCAUCACGUGUUACUGCCUCAUUGGCCGGGCGCUGGUGGGGGCGAGACACAUCCAGAAGAGCUCCCAUUCCCGCGACGACGAGGUACUGCGCAUGCUCGCUGCCGCUGUCCUGGCCUUCUUCCUGUGCUGGAUGCCCCAUCAGGUGUUUCACUUGAUGCAGGUCAUCAGCCAGCUGGCCCUGGUGGAGAACUGCAACAUCCUGGAGAUCAUCGACACCGCCAUACCCUUCACCAUCUGCAUCGCCUUCUUCAACAGCUGCGUUAACCCCAUCGUGUACGGCUUUGUCGGGCGCAACUUCCGCAAAAACUUAAUGCGUCUGCUGCGCUGCUCGCCCAGCGUCUCCACCGGGCAGCACCCCAGCAUCAGCUCCAAGAUGAGCGCCCUCUCUUUCCGGGCCUCCGAAGCACUGAGCCUCACGUCCAAAAGCAAGUCCUCUGACGUUAAGUGACAAAAAGAAAAGAAAGUGGGUUCAAGGUCGCUCUCCCCGCUCUUCUGGUCUGUGGUUAAGGGGCCGGGGACGGAGACGUUCCAUACUUCUCCAACCCCAACUGUAUUCAAAAGCACUGAACCACGCAGAAUGCUUUAAAUGUUGUAUUCAUGUCCCUCUGUAAGACAUCUACUACCCGUCACAUGUCACACAACACUCCAAUGCUUCUCUACAAGCCUGUAAAACAAAUGACACAGAAACCCAGGCGUUCACUCCAUGAAGGCUAGAACAGACUAUACAUGAUUACAGAUGGCUUAUCCCAUUAUUUAUAUAACAUAUGCAUGCACUGCAACAUUUUGCCGCCUAACAUAUUUUAGUUUCUGUGUGCUCGGCAGGUUCACACGUUGGAGCAGUGAUCAAGAGCUCAGCAAAGCUUAGAAAGAAUAACCACCUUGCAUACUCUGCCAGUAGCUGUGUAUGGAACCAUUGGUGUACACGAAUGUGAUGUAAGUUUGAUUACAUACUGAUUAUGAUAACUAAGUGUUUGCAUAAUGCGGUCGAGCUUGGGAGAAACAUGCUGUAUAAAAACACAAACAUUCCAGGCAGUGUGAUCAUUGUCAAUUUAUUUUUGGUGGUUGUCUUUGUGGUAUUUAAACAUGUUGAAUGUACAGUUUGUGAAUAUAUGAAUAAAAUGAAAAAAAUCCACAGUA